UAUAGAUUUAAUAUAUCAUCUUCACUUAGUUACUAUAUCUAUAGGCUUAGUAACUAAAAUGUGUUCGAUAAUUUAAGUAGUAUAUAUGUAUAUAUGUAUAUAAAUAAUCGAAUAAAUAUGAAAUAAACCAAUCAGAUUUAUUAUAUCUUUAAAUUUGUGUAUCAUUGCAUCAUUGUAAAUUAUACAUAUCAAUAAAUCAAUAAUACCACAGAUACUAAAGAAAACAUUGAUUAUACGAAUAGUUUAACUAGGCUUCUAAGGAUUAUGUUAUUUUCAUUAUAAAUUACUUAUUUAUUAUGGAAUCCGUUUCCCUUGAACUCUUAGACGUUCUACCAACCAGUGUGUUACUAAACGUAUUCCAUGUUAAAAUAUUAGAUCAAUGUGUAAUAUGCAUGGAAAAGUAUUGUAUUGGAGAUGAAGUGAUACGACUUCCAUGUUUUCAUGCAUUUCAUGAUGAUUGUUUUGUAGAUUGGAUUUUAGAGGUAACUUUUAAUACAUCAGAUAUAAUUAUCAGUAUUAAUAUUUUUAAGUGUAGGGUUGUGGAGUCUGCUGAGUUUUAUUGAAAUUAUGAAGACAUCAAUGUUAGACAAUCAUUGAAAAACUGAAAGCACUGAACGAUUGUUUUCAUCUAGUAUGGGACUAGUCAGUAUUGCACAUUCACAAACUCUCAGUAGGCAAUCGCAUCUAGAACUUGUAGUCUUGUGUGCAAACGCUUAAUCUUUAGACCACUGAACUGGCAUUUAGAGGUGUUUAUGUUUAACUUCUAUCAAUACACGGUAUUGACCAACCGUGAGUAACCGUCUUAAGUGGUGUUGUGGAGAUUGCUAAGCAUGCAUUUUCAUGUCACUAUCAGUUUUUGAUUUGCCAAACAAUAAAAACAAGGAAACAUUGAACAGGUGUUCCCACCUAACAUAGCACUCCUCAACAAUACGGAUUCAAGAUCUCACCACAGACCGAGCUUAGGGCCUCAUAGCGAAUGUCACUGGUUUGCACUACUGAGAACUCACACUUGAAUGGAACAGCUGUUAUGUACUCCCAGGUUUUUAGCGGUUGUCUAGUCAAAGUUAGUCAGUAAUGUGAUAUAUCAAAUAAGAUAUGAAAAAUUUCAUUAAUUCGUGGAACUUUCAUCGUUCUUCUGAACGACAUCAUCAGUACGAAGGUAGGACAAUAGUUUGUUUUAACUAAAUGGAAGAAAUCACUUCAUUUGGUCAUAUAAUCUGACUUACAGAUAUAUGGAAUGAGAAUGUAACAGAUUUUAGCGAAAAUAAAAAGACUUUCAGGUAAGUUUAUGAAAUGUAAGGGGUUUCUAGAAUAGUUCUAAUUGUAAAUGAUGUCAUAAUUCAAACUUUUAAAUCCUGAUAAAGAUGAUGAUGUAUUACGGUAAGUUCUACUUACAAACAAAUGAAGGAUCCAUUAGUCUGAACAAAAACAAUCAGGAGCUCUAAAAGAUCGGACGUCUGAUGUAAAUUGAUACUUCGACGUUAAUAAUCCACAUGUCACUAUGUGACAGAGAAGAUGGGACCUUCAAAAUAGGCUUAUAUUCCGAACAGAAAUCAAAACUUUUACCGGAAUUACCUUGAUUAUGUAAUAACAUGCAGUAAACUUGGAACAUGAGUGACCGUCCACCAUUGUCUUCAGUGAGUUACACACUUACAACAGACCUGGAUGAACUCUACUGGUUACUGCUUCUCACUAGAAUUCCAGGAAAUACCUCUUGAAGCCAGGCAUUAGUGAGCAUAUAGUGAUUAUUAUCAGAAAGAUGGCGGUGGACAGUGGCUCGAUUUCAUUGAUCGACUGAAGUUACACACUGACAUCGUUGGAUGCCAGCCCAGUGGUCUAGAUGUUAAACAGUCGCGCGUGAGACUGAUACGUCCCGUGUUCGAAUCCCACGAGGCGGGGUCACUGUUGCACACUGCUUAGGAGUCCCAUAAUAGAACGGAACGACCUUUCAGUGCUUCCAGGUUUUCUAUGGUGAUCUAGCUUUAAUUGACAGUGAGACCUAUGAUUUAUGGACAACCUUUGAGUGGCGUUAAGGUGACCUUGAGAGUAUCCACCUAAAAACUAGAACUAUAAACCAGUGUGAGGAAUUCGAAUUAUGAUUUACAGUUGAUAGUUAAGGUUAAGAAUUAGAUUUCAGAGUUUUCAUCACGAACUGACAUCAGCUAUAAUGCCAAAACUCAAUGGAUGAGUGAAUUUCGCGCCAAAAUCCAAAAUUUUUUUCAUCUUAUCCUUGAUUGGUUCGUCUAUGAAUGAUAAUCUCACCAAUAGAAUAUUGGAUCUUCUACAUUCAUUCUACAUCAUAAUGAUGAUCCAUAUAUUCAGAAUUAUUGAUUUGUAUUUUAUAUAUUUUCAUAUGCAUUUUCUUCAAGUGUUUAGAUUGUCCAAUAUGUCGAUGGCCAGCAUUUGAAUUUGAAUAAUACGAAAAGGGAAUCAAAUGAAUACAAUUUUUAUUCUAAAUUCCAUUGAACUAUCUUCUUCUUAAAGAUGAAUGUACAUAGUUCUUUCAUUUAUUGAGUAUAAAAAAAGAUAUUGAUUUGUUAGAAGAAAAUAUGUUUGAGUUAUAUUUUUAUGAUGAAGAUGGAUAGUUGCUAGGGGUGGAAUCUAGUUUGAUGUAUGUUUCGUCCUAGUUGGGAUUCAUCAGUUGGAUAGACUUGUAUUCCACAGAUGAUGAUCACUUCAGGACUCAAACCGGUUAUCAUUCACUUUGAACGCUACCAUGUUAUCUACUUAGCUAUUGAGUCCAGAUAGUCAAAAGUUUAUACAAUGAUGGAGGGGGUAAAUUUCUAAUUUAUUUUUGUAUUGUUUGUUUGAAUCUUUCCAUUGAUAUUUUGGGAUUGUAAUUGAUCAGUCUUUUGUUAGCAUAUGUGCAUACUGUGAGUAUUACAUUGAUAUUGUCUUAAUUUAGAAGCAUUAUAAGCAAAGAUGGAUAGUGGCUAGUAGUGGAAUCCAGUUUGAUGGGUGUUUCAUGUUUUGCUUAGAAUGUUUGUGAAUUAAAGCAAUAUCGAGGCAAUCCGCACAGGAUGCACAUAUGCCAAUAACAGACUGAUC